AUGCCUCUUCUCCGUAGAUAUGUUUGCUAUGAACGGUUCGGACGCGAAUACUGCAGAACAACCUGGAGAGACUGGGGCCGUUGGGUCGCGCUAGCAAUCCUCGUUUUCGGCGCUUUCUUCAUCUUCUUCAUCUUUGCUUGCAUUUCCUCGCGCCGUCGUCGCCGUCGCGGUCUGCAACCGUUCCGCGGCACCGGCUGGGCCGCGCAGAACACAUUCUGGCCACAACGGCAGCAGUAUCCGCCUCCACCCCCCAACGGACCCCCGCCACAAUACACGCCAAACUCUGGCUACUACGGCCCCAAGCCCACUUACUAUGGCGGCCAGCCGCAGCAACCACCAUACCAAUAUCCGCCGCCGCAAGAACAAGGCGUCGAGCUGCAACAGCCGCAGAAUGUCCAUCGGGCUGGGGAGCGGGUGUAUUCAUCGCCGCCUGGACCACCUCCUGCGCCUGUGAAGUGA